GCGCGCAGAUCGCUCCGGACCCGGACACCGCCUGCGAGGAGCGCCGACCAGGCGGGAAGGGUUCGCGCUAGGCGGCGCCCGGGUCCCGUCGGCCAGAGUGAGCGUCCGGCCCGCGUCCGCGCCACGCCCGCCGCGUUCGCCUUUCCUCUGCGGCGGGCCGAGAGAUAACCCUGCCCGAGGGGUCCCGGCGCCCGCCCCCCACGCGGUCGCACUGGAAUUCGCGGCCCCUCUCGGGUCCCCGGGGCGCAUUUUGCAGUCUGGGUGGCAACGCACUUGCUCCAGGACCGGCGGCUACCCCGCCGCAGCGGAGGCGCGGACUUUUCUUUUGGGGGGUCUCGCCGGCUCGCCGCGCUCCCCACCUUGCCUGCGCCCGCCCGGAGCCAGCGGUUCUCCAAGCACCCAGCAUCCUGCUAGACGCGCCGCGCACCGACGGAGGGGACAUGGGCAGAGCAAUGGUGGCCAGGCUCGGGCUGGGGCUGCUGCUGCUGGCACUGCUCCUACCCACGCAGAUUUAUUCCAGUGAAACAACAACUGGAACUUCAAGUAACUCCUCCCAGAGUACUUCCAACUCUGGGUUUGCCCCAAAUCCAACUAAUGCCACCACCAAGGCGGCUGGUGGUGCCCUGCAGUCAACAGCCAGUCUCUUCGUGGUCUCACUCUCUCUUCUGCAUCUCUACUCUUAAGAGACUCAGGCCAAGAAACGUCUUCUAAACUUCCCCAUCUUCUAAACCCAAUCCAAAUGGCGUCUGGAAGUCCAAUGUGGCAAGGAAAAACAGGUCUUCAUCGAAUCUACUAAUUCCACACCUUUUAUUGACACAGAAAAUGCUGAGAAUCCCAAAUUUGAUUGAUUUGAAGAACAUGUGAGAGGUUUGACUAGAUGAUGGAUGCCAAUAUUAAAUCUGCUGGAGUUUCAUGUACAAGAUGAAGGAGAGGCAACAUCCAAAAUAGUUAAGACAUGAUUUCCUUGAAUGUGGCUUGAGAAAUAUGGACACUUAAUACUACCUUGAAAAUAAGAAUAGAAAUAAAGGAUGUGAUUGUGGAAUGGA